UACUGCGCCAUAGUCAGUUGGGUUAGCUCUGUGGCUAGGAGGAGGCUAGCACCGACAGGACGACCUAAGUAUCAAUUUGACAGAAAUUUUACUGAAAGCAAGACAUUUUGCUCGUAAAGGUCGUGGUGAGUAUUUUGUUCCCAGACAUUUUUCAUUUUUCCUUCCUUUUUCUUUUGUUUUUGGAUUUUUUUCUACGGUGCUUUUUCUAUUUUGCGAGUGGACAGGACGUUAUGUGCUGGCUAGCGAAACAAAAAAAAAACGAAAAACAAAACGAAAAAAAAAAACGCUGAUUGUGGUUUUUAGAAACACGACGCUUUGGAUGCAUCUUAGCUACGGGUUCAUCUGUUUUUGCAAGUUUGUCUAGCCUUGAUUGUGAAGACUUUUCCUUGACUGGACUGAUCUGUUUUUGGCUUUUCGGCCAUGAGCUAACGGCUAACAGCGUCCUGUGGUUUGAAAGCUGCAGCGUCAUCCUGGUCCCAGAUUCAUUGCAGAUUAUCCACUACACGUUUACUUGAAUUUUGCAGGUUUUGGGUUUUUCCCUCCCAAAGCAGAUGAACUGGUCUGAGGUGUAAUUUUUUUUUAAUUUUUUUUUUGUCCUUUUUUUUUUUUUUUUUUUUUUUUUUUUUGGGGGAUGGUGAUUUUUAAUUGGUGGUUGGCUAACAGUUGCCAUGCUGGCCUUGCUUUACACUGAAGGGCCUGGUGGGGGCGCUGUCCUGGUCCAUGCGGGUGUGUUGUGGAUGGUUUAGUAUAAAUCGCGAGGGGCGAAGGUGAAGGUCGAGACACCAGCCCAAACUGAACCCAGCCCCCCUCCCAGUGUCAAACACCAGACAGACAGACAGACGGCCGCCCUGCACACAGACGCUAUGGAUCGAUCACCCACCACCUCCAGCCUGAUGGCCAGCAGCAACGUCACCAACAAGACCGACCCGCGCUCCCUCAACUCCCGGGUCUUCAUCGGCAACCUCAACACCCUGCUCGUCACCAAGGCCGACGUGGAGGCCAUUUUCUCCAAGUACGGGAAGGUCGUCGGCUGCUCCAUCCACAAGGGCUACGCCUUCGUCCAGUACUCCAACGAGAGGAACGCCCGGGCCGCCGUCGCCGGGGAGGAUGGGAGGAUGAUCGUCGGACAAGUACUUGACAUCAACCUGGCUGGAGAACCCAAACCACACAGGUCAAAAACCACCAAACGCUCCGCUGGAGACAUGUACAGUAGCAGCUCAUCAUUUGACCUCGACUACGAUUUUCAGAGGGAUUAUUACGACAGAAUGUACUCGUACCCGUCCCGUGUCCCCGCUCCGCCUCCGCCUCUGUCUCGGGCCGUGAUCCCGUCCAAACGCCCGCGGGUCAGUCUGAGCGGAGGAAGCAGCCGGCGAACCAAGAGCAGCUUCUCCUCCUCGUCCAAGAGCAGCCAGAGGACUUACUCAUCCAGGACAAUUUGUGCAGUGAAAGUGGAUGAGCUGCAGACCAUCAAGAAGGAGCUGACCCAGAUCAAGAGCAAAGUGGAUGAUUUGCUGGAGAGUCUGGAGCGUAUGGAGAAGGACCACAGCAAGAAGUCAGAAGCUAAGAGCAUAAAACCGGAGCCGGGAGAGGUGACCUCACCUCCGCACUCGAGCAACAAGAAGGACGACGUGAUCAAGAGGGAGCGGCAGAGCCAGGACAUGAACGACUCGGACGAGGACGAGGAGGAGGAGGAAGAGGGAGACCUGCUGGAGGAGGAAGAGGUGAAGAGCCAAGAGAGGGAUGAGGAGGAAGAGGAGGAGGAGGAGGAAGGCGAACACGUAGAAGGAGACGACGACGGCGACAGCGUCAACGGUGACGACGACUCGUAGGCACUCGGACGCACUCGCAGCUUCCCCCGUAGGAACUCGGACUCCUGUUUUAACACUCAUGUUGUAGAUAGAAAAGAAAAUGUGAGCACACACACACAAACACAAGCAUGAUACACACACACACACACUCUAUCGUCACAUUGUCCCUAAAGAAGUUUCUCUUUCUUUUGUUAGUUGUGUUUUUCUUUUUUCUUUUUUUUUUCUUUUUUGUCCGGAGUCACUGUAACAGCAGGUUUGUGUUUUUUACCGCGUCGUCGUCUUCGGGAUAGAGAGAAGACAGCGACGCAGAGCGCUAAUGUUCUCAGAGACGACAUCUCGACGGACAUUGUCUUAACGCGAGGACAAAUAUUUCAGCUACAGUAAAAAUGUUUUUAGCAUCAGUUCGUUUGACAUUGUGUGUCUGUAUGUCGGUGUCAUUUUUUUUAUAUACUAUUCAGUUUAAGUUUGACUGUAAAGGAAUAAAUUGCAAUAAAAUAUUAAAAUGUGA